CCACCAUUUCAUAAAGAUUUAACUGGAUUGUUGCUCUCCAAAAACAAGUUUUCAGGGGACCUAUCUUCCAUAUGUUCAACUUGGGCUCCAUAUUUGUAUAUACUCGACCUUUCUAAUAAUCUGCUAUCAGGGGAACUCCCUAAUUGUUGGGUUCAAUUUCAAGGACUGGCCGUGUUGAAUAUGGCGAACAAUAGUUUGUCUGGGAAAAUACCAAGCUCAUUUGGUUCUCUCAAGUAUCUUAUGCAAUUACAAUUACAACGUAACAAUUUUUCAGGUGAACUGCCUUCUCUGGAGAACUGUACGCAGUUAGUUUUGGUUGACCUCGGAUUCAAUAACAUAUCCGGAAAGAUACAAGCAUGGAUAGGCAGCAGCCUUAAACAGUUGCGGGUUCUACAAUUUAGGUCAAACCACUUCUCUGGAUGCAUUCCCUCACGUAUAUGUAGUCUGCCUCUCAUUCGUGUUUUUGACCUCUCUCAAAACAAUAUAUCUGGAGUAUUGCCACAUUGCCUCAACAAUUUGACAGCAUUCUCUUCGGUUUCUCCGGAUGAGAUGGAUUAUUUGCCAGCUCAUUCUGAUUUUGUCUUACAACUUAUUUGGAAAGGGGCAGAGAGGGAGUAUGGGGAAAACGUUAGGUAUUUGAGGAGCAUUGACAUUUCAAGCAAUAACUUAACUGGGGUGAUUCCGGAAAACAUAACAUAUAUGCUUGGGUUGCGUUCUCUUAACCUUUCAAGAAACAGUUUGACCGGGGUGAUUCCUGGAAAGUUUGGUCAGUUGGAGGUGCUAGAAGUUCUUGAUUUGUCAAGAAACCACCUAUCUGGUAGCAUUCCUGAUAGUUUUAGGAACUUGCAUUCUAUAGAUGUGUUGGACUUAUCGGUCAACAACUUGUCCGGAAGAAUUCCAACGAGCCCCCAACUCAUGACUUUUUGUGAAUCUUCAUUCACUGGAAAUGUUGGACUUUACGGGCCGCAGCUAACAAGAAAAUGCCCGGGAGAUAGACAGAGUGAAGAUCCAAAAGUCACUGGUGGUACUGAAAGUGCUGAGACUGAAAAUGAUGGUGAUGGUUUCAUAACACCAGGGUUUUAUGCUGCCAUAGGGAUUGGAUUCUUCAUAGGAUUUGUGGGAGUCUGCCUUGCUUUACCGCCUGAGACUUCUUGGAGAUACGUACAGCAGUGUUUAAGGAAAAGAUAAGGAGGGGAGUUCAACUGAAGAUAAACACGCUGCUGUCAUGUGUGGAGAUGAGCUUACCCGAGAACUUGGAAGUUUGAUUAUUCGGGCCUCUGAUGCGGGUGGUUUCAGAUCCAAAGUGUCUUUGCUUUCUCUUUCAGCAAGUCAAGGUCUCAGAUGCUUGUUGGUUUGUAUUACUAUUCUGAAUAAUGGAGAACUGUCUGGGCCUGUAAGUGUAGUAGUCCUGGUCCAAGUAUGUACAAUAAUGAAAGACGUACAUGUUCUUUGAUAUGUAUUCCUACUAUUUUCCAUAAGGUUUAACUAGCAUUUUAUUUUAGGAUGUUGUUUGAGUGCUUAUUGUACUUUGGAUUCAUGCUUUAUUUCUUCCUAUUCUAAAGCUCCAUCUCCUUAUGAAUAGUGCUCCGAUCAAUUAGCAUUUUCAUGUUUGUCAUAUUUACCUUUCCAUCCUAGCUUCUUUUCUGAUCAGUUCCUACUCAAAGCAGUAGAGUGAGUGGAUUAGGACUGAAGAAGAGAGAGAUCAAAUUCUGGUGGCGAAGAGAAGGAGAUCGACCAAGUGGUGUAGAGUUCAUCAAACACUGGACUCUUCAUCGAUAAUCACUGUAUAUUGAAUCCCAUUUUCUCAACAACACAGCAAGCAACUCAUGUCCAUAACUUUUCCGAUCGAGUUUUAUCAUAGCAUCUCCUGUUCACUAUCAACCUAUUGUUUUCUUAUUGCUGGCUUCUCUAUAUUGUAAGUAGCCAAUUUCUUUGUUCUUCAAUUUGAAAUCUUUACUUGCUCGAUAUUUAACCCAGUACCGAUUGAUUGCUGAUAAGUGUUUGUUGCUUGCGCCUGUAAUCUCAUCUGGGUUUUAUCUGUUUUGGGUGUAUGGGGCGUUAAUUUGGGAUUGGGUGUCUGUGAUUUUGUUCUCCGUGGUUUGCAAAUUUGGUUAUUGGGUUUUGCUCUUGAUAAUUUCUGCACGGAGAUUUUCUGUGGAUCACCCGAAAGGUUGGAACUGGGUUCUUUGUCUGUA